AUGGCGGCUACAAACACACAUCUCAUUUCCCGCACUCCAUUUCUUCCCAAAUCCUUACCCAAACCCCCCAGCAGCUCCUUAUUCCUCAAACCCAUUUUACCCAUCAAGUUCGCCUCUAGAACUCUCGCUCUUAGGGCUGCCCUGUCAACCGCCUCUGAACCCAAAACGACCCAGAAAUUUCAGCACUGUUUUACGAAAUCCGAUGAUGGGUUUUUAUACUGCGAGAAUCUUAAGGUUCAGGAAAUCAUGGAUUCGGUCGAAAGACGGCCCUUUUAUCUUUACAGCAAGCCCCAGAUUACUAGAAACGUUGAGGCUUAUAAGGAUGCAUUGGUAGGCUUGAAUUCGAUAAUUGGUUAUGCUAUUAAGGCGAAUAAUAACCUCAAGAUUUUGGAGCAUUUGAGAGGGUUAGGUUGUGGGGCUGUCCUGGUCAGUGGUAAUGAGCUAAGGCUAGCGCUCCAUGCUGGCUUUGAUCCCAAGAGGUGCAUCUUCAAUGGAAAUGGCAAGCUGUUGGAGGAUCUUGUGCUAGCUGCUGAAGCAGGUGUCUUUGUAAAUGUUGACAGUGAGUUUGACUUAGAGAAUAUAGUUGCUGCAGCAAGAAUUGCUGGAAAGAAAGUGAAUGUUCUAUUGCGAAUUAAUCCAGAUGUGGAUCCUCAGGUCCAUCCAUAUGUUGCUACUGGGAACAAGAACUCUAAAUUUGGUAUCAGAAACGAAAAGCUGCAGUGGUUUCUUGAUGCUGUGAAGGCGCAUCCUACUGAACUAAAACUUGUUGGGGCACAUUGCCAUCUUGGUUCAACCAUUACGAAGGUAGACAUUUUCAGAGAUGCUGCUGUUCUGAUGGUUAACUACAUUGACCAAAUCCGGGAGCAAGGAUUCGAGAUAGAUUACUUAAACAUUGGAGGUGGUUUGGGAAUUGAUUAUUAUCAUGCUGGAGCUGUCCUUCCUUCCCCAAGAGAUUUAAUAGACACGGUUCGGGAGUUGGUGCUUUCACGAAAUCUCAAUCUCAUAAUUGAACCUGGCAGAUCACUUAUUGCAAAUACUUGUUGCUUGGUUAAUCGCGUCACUGGAGUCAAAACUAAUGGAACUAAAAACUUCGUUGUGAUUGAUGGCAGUAUGGCAGAACUGAUUCGUCCCAGUCUCUAUGAUGCUUAUCAACACAUUGAGCUGGUUUCUCCUCCUCCAAGUGAAGCCGAGAUUUCCACUUUUGAUGUUGUGGGUCCAGUUUGUGAGUCUGCAGAUUUCUUGGGGAAGGAUAGACAACUUCCAACUCCUGAUAGGGGUGCUGGCUUGGUAGUUCACGAUGCAGGUGCAUACUGCAUGAGUAUGGCAUCAACUUACAAUCUCAAGAUGCGCCCUCCAGAAUACUGGUCAGUUACUCUCUUGGAUAUCCUAUCCCAGACGGCCAGACCUUUUUCUUCAGUAAUGGCUGGUGAUUCCUUGACGGGACUUACGAAUGGUAGUCCUCGUGGACAGCCAAAUCCUCGCAGGACUUACCAAGUUGUUAUGGCGGCUACUUUGGACAUGGGUAUUAGCAAGGAUGGAGUUAUGCCUUGGAAUUUGCCUACUGAUCUCAAGUUCUUCGAGGAUAUAACUUCCAUCACAUCUGAUCCCACCAAAAAGAAUGCUGUUGUCAUGGGUCGAAAGACCUGGGAGAGUAUUCCCCUGAAGAAUCGUCCUCUUCCUGGUCGUCUUAAUGUGGUUCUUACUCGUUCCGGUAGUUUUGAUAUCGCUACUGCUGAAAAUGUUGUAAUAUGUGGGAGUGUGCUUUCUGCUUUGGAAUUGCUGGCUGCACCUCCUUAUUGUCUGUCCAUCGAGAAAGUGUUUAUUACUGGAGGUGGCGAGAUUUUGAAGGAAACCCUCAAUGCUCCUGAAUGUGAUGCUAUUCACCUCACCGAAAUUGAGGCUAACCUUGAAUGUGAUACCUUUAUGCCAGCUAUUGAUCACUCUUUGUUUCAGCCAUGGUGCUCGUCAUUUCCACUUGUUGAAAACAAAGUCUGUUACACAUUUAAUACUUAUGUUCGUGCGAGAAAUUUAGGGGUGGAAUCUUUCAAUCAGACUAAUGGGUUGAUCUGUGAGAAUGGCUCAAACAAUGCCAAGACUGAGGUUACGACAUUCUCUUUUCUACCUAAAAUGGUCUUUGAGAGGCAUGAAGAAUUCAAGUAUCUCAGACUUGUCGAAGACAUUAUUUUGAAUGGCAUGUCAAAAGAUGAUAGAACAGGGACCGGUACUCUUUCUAAAUUUGGAUGCCAGAUGAGGUUCAAUCUGCGAAAGUCAUUUCCGCUCCUCACCACCAAGAAAAUAUUUUGGCGGGGUGUUGUUGAAGAAUUGUUGUGGUUCAUCAGUGGUUCAACAAAUGCCAAGGUCCUGCAGGAGAAAGGGAUCCAUAUAUGGGAUGGCAAUGCAUCUAGAGAUUACCUUGACAGUAUUGGGUUAGCAGAGAGGGAGGAAGGUGACCUGGGGCCAGUAUAUGGCUUCCAAUGGAGACAUUUUGGGGCAAGGUAUACCGACAUGCAUGCUGAUUAUGCUGGCCAAGGGUUUGAUCAAUUGAUGGAUGUUAUUGGAAAAAUUAAAAAUAAUCCAGAUGACAGACGAAUUAUUCUUUCUGCUUGGAAUCCUUCUGAUCUGAAACUUAUGGCGCUUCCACCUUGUCACAUGUUUGCUCAGUUUUAUGUUGCCAAUGGAGAGUUAUCUUGCCAAAUGUAUCAGCGGUCUGCUGACAUGGGCCUUGGGGUUCCUUUCAACAUUGCCUCUUAUGCAUUAUUUACCUGCAUGAUUGCACAUGUUUGUGAUCUCAAACCAGGCGACUUCAUCCAUGUCAUUGGGGAUGCCCAUGUUUACCGCACACACAUUAGACCUCUGCAGGAUCAACUUCAAAAACUACCAAAACCUUUUCCAAUUUUGAAGAUCAACCCUGAUAAGAAAGAUAUAGAAUCUUUUGUGCUGAAUGAUUUUACACUCUUGGGUUAUGAUCCACACAAUAAAAUUGAAAUGAAAAUGGCAGUAUAA